AUUUGCAAACAUUGUUGGCUGUUUUGUUUUGUUUCUACUUUUUAAGUCAUGGUAGAGGGAACUAAUGAAAUAUCAGUUGAUUUAACCACUGAAUUUAAUGAAUUAGUUCGCUACCAAAUUCUAAGGACUUGGAAGGAGUGUGAAGAAUGUAUACGUCGUUUUCAAGAGGUAAUUGGUUUAUGCAAGUUGUAAUAACUGCUUGUCAUUAUUAAUUGUAGCGAACCGGCAGCUUGUAUAAAAUACGUGACUGCCGGGUUCGUCGUGAUGAAAAUGACGAGGUUGAUCCAGAUUACAAGUACUUGUACGUUUCAUUUUCAUGUCAUGUUGGUCGACGUCGACGAUCAGAAAGCAGGCACCUGAGAACAUCACAAAGAAAAAUCUAAAAUAUUACCUCUUGUAGAGAGAAACGCCCCCCCUGCUCAAGUUAUAAAUAUGAUUGAUGUUGAGUUUGGAAAGCUGAUGACCUACGAUGAUUAUCGGAAUUUCCGGGAACAAGUCUACCCUAACAUUGACACACUGAUCGGUGAAAUUCGUGACACAGGUUCCGUAUGGUGCGUGCUGGACAGUCGACGACGUGUGGAAAAGUUUAGUUUCGCAACCAGGGAAAUGAUAAGUUUAUAUAAAAAAUUUCCAGAGGUUGUGGGCAUGGAUUCAACCUACAAAACGAAUAGGGAGGGUCAUCCUCUAUAUCAACUGGUUGUUACAGAUGGUAUGAAUAGAAGUUGUCCACUCAUGUACAGUACAACUCAUCGUGAAAGACUUGUUGACGUUGAAGCAGUAUUACAGUCCUUUAAAAAUAUUAUGGGCGAUACAUCGCAGACUGUCACGUUUGUAAUUGACAACAGUGCUGCAGAGCAACGUGCAAUUCGUGAUGAGUUUCCUGCCUGCUCCAUCAUAUUAUGUGCAUUUCAUGUCAUCCGGGCCUUCAAUAACAAAUUCCGUGAUCCUAAUUGUAAAAAGAUGUUUAAAGAGAUGGUGUACACAACGAGUAACGGCAGGUAACUAAGUGAUUGUGUUAACACUUCUCUA